AUGAGCAACGGUGGGAAAGGGGGCAAGCCAAAUGAGAAGGUCAAGCUAGCUGAGAAUGUGUCCCAGUCCCUGACCGAUUUGAACCAGCACUACCAGGACCUGACAAACCUUCAGGCGAAUGUCGCCACUGAAAGUAAGGCGGACGAGGUUCAGAGGCUUAAGAAGCAGGCUCUGCAAAUCUUUAUCAAGUGCACCAAGACAGAUCUUUCCUUGAACAACUGGGAGCAUCAAGGCAGGAGCCACUGCGAAGCCCAGUGCCAAAGCAUCUACGAAGCGGACAGCGCCAAAGGCGAAGUCUGGAACCCCGGCCAAGCCGGCAAGCAAGAGGAGAAGGGCCUUGAUGUUGAAUGUGCAGACAUCCAGAUAGGUCCUGGCACCAGCGAUGGUGAGUCGUCCGAAGAUGACUUGCUUGAUGAGCUCCUCAUGGGCUUGGCGUCUGGAAUGCGGGAUCCGAUGCUGAAAAAGCUUGCAAAAUGUGCCCGAGCCAAAGAUGAAGCCAAUGUGUGCCGCAACCUACACCGGCUGUUAACACACAAAGAGUUUACACUUCAAGUUCAUAUCAGCUGGUGCGACAUUGACAUCAAGCACGCCACGAAGCGCAGGGAACUAAACAAGGUUCCAUGGCCAGUCAUUCGGCUGUCAAGCUGGGUGCGGUAUAUCUUGGAAAUACAGGGAGGUCAACUUUUGUUGGCGGGCCACUCGACCAUUCAGCCCGACUUAUGGGAGCCUGUUCUGGAACGAUUCUGGAACCUCUAUGAAGGGGUAGACCCUGGUCACAUUGUAUACCAGCUGGGCUUAAACCGCCGACGAACCCUGCCUUUCAUGGUUCACGGUGAUGAAGGCCGUGGCAGGAUGAAGCAACCUCUGUUGGUAGUGGCUUUUCAGGGUGUUUUGUCCCAUCUCGGUAUGGACCGACUCAACCAAAGUGGGUGGCUUUGUUUAAUUUAA